UUAAAUCACAUGGCGGGCUGCGGGAUUGUGGCGGUGUUAGAAAUUUACUGCUGGUGAUUGAAACUUCUCUCUGGGUGUCAGAAGUCAAAACGGACCUGGAGGAUGUUGGGCUCAAAGAACAUGCCCUGGCGGCGGCUUCAGGGCAUCUCCUUCGGGAUGUAUUCGGCCGAAGAGCUCAAGAAACUAAGUGUUAAAUCCAUUACAAACCCUCGGUACCUGGACAGCCUGGGGAACCCAGCGGUCAAUGGCCUGUACGAUUUAGCUCUAGGCCCUGCAGAUUCCAAAGAGGUGUGCUCCACCUGCGUGCAGGACUUCAACAACUGCUCUGGCCACCUGGGCCACAUUGAACUGCCGCUCACGGUGUACAAUCCUCUCCUCUUCGACAAACUCUACCUGUUGCUCCGGGGCUCCUGUUUAAACUGCCACAUGCUGACUUGCCCCCGGGCUGUGGUCCACCUCCUAGUCUGCCAGCUGAGAGUUCUGGAAGUCGGAGCCCUUCAAGCAGUGUACGAGCUGGAGAGAAUUCUGAACAGGUUUCUGGAAGAAAAUGCUGAUCCUACUGCCUUUGAAAUCCAGGAAGAAUUAGAACAGUAUACACGAGAAAUUGUACAGAACAAUCUCCUGGGAUCCCAAGGCUCGCACGUGAAAAAUGUCUGUGAGAGCAAGAGCAAACUUGUUGCUCACUUCUGGAGGACACACAUGACUGCUAAGCGAUGUCCCCACUGCAAGACGGGGCGGUCAGUUGUCCGAAAGGAGCACAACAGCAAACUGACCAUCACGUAUCCAGCUGUGAUGCACAAGAAAGCUGACCAGAAGGACACAGAGCCGCUGGGAAUUGAGGAAGCUCAGCUGGGAAAACGAGGGUACCUGACACCCACCGGUGCACGAGAACACCUUAGCGCCCUUUGGAAGAAUGAAGGAUUCUUUCUGAAUUUCCUUUUUUCGGGACUGGAAGAUGUUGGUAUGGAGUCUAGAUUCAAUCCCACUCUGUUCUUCCUGGAUUUCUUGGUGGUGCCACCCUCAAGGUAUCGCCCUGUCAAUCGCCUGGGGGACCAGAUGUUUACCAAUGGCCAGACGGUGAACUUGCAGGCUGUCAUGAAGGACGUGGUUCUGAUCCGAAAGCUUCUGGCAUUGAUGGCCCAAGAACAGGAGCUGCCAUGGGAGGUGGCAGCACCUGCCACAGAUGAGGAAAAAGACUCUGCGAUUGGGAUGGACCGAUCCUUUUUGAGUAUGCUUCCAGGCCAGUCCCUCACAGACAAACUUUACAACAUUUGGAUUCGCCUUCAAAGCCACGUUAAUAUUGUGUUUGAUAGCGAGAUGGACAAAUUAAUGACAGAAAAGUACCCUGGCAUUAGACAGAUCCUUGAGAAGAAGGAUGGCUUGUUCCGAAAGCACAUGAUGGGAAAGCGAGUAGACUACGCGGCCCGUUCUGUCAUCUGCCCAGACAUGUACAUCAACACCAACGAAAUCGGAAUCCCCAUGGUGUUUGCCACAAAACUGACCUACCCUCAGCCAGUUACCCCCUGGAACGUUCAGGAACUGAGGCAGGCGGUCAUCAACGGCCCCAAUGUGCACCCAGGGGCCUCCAUGGUCAUCAACGAGGAUGGCAGUCGCACAGCCUUGAGCGCUGUGGACUUAAGCCAACGGGAAGCCGUGGCCAAACAGCUCCUGACACCAGCCACGGGGGCACCGAAGCCCCAGGGGACAAAAAUUGUGUGCCGGCAUGUGAAGAAUGGUGACAUUCUUCUACUGAACCGCCAGCCUACCUUGCACAGACCUUCCAUCCAGGCGCACCAUGCCCGCAUCCUGCCUGAAGAGAAAGUCCUUCGGCUCCACUAUGCCAACUGCAAGGCCUAUAACGCUGACUUUGAUGGAGACGAGAUGAACGCCCACUUCCCCCAGAGUGAACUGGGCCGAGCUGAGGCCUAUGUCCUGGCCUGCACGGAUCAGCAGUACCUUGUUCCCAAGGAUGGCCAGCCAUUGGCGGGGUUGAUUCAAGAUCACAUGGUUUCGGGUGCAAAUAUGACCACUCGAGGUUGCUUUUUCACCCGGGAGCAGUAUAUGGAACUGGUGUACCGAGGACUCACAGACAAAGUGGGACAUGUGAAGCUCUUUGCUCCUGCCAUCCUGAAGCCUUUUCCACUGUGGACAGGAAAGCAGGUUGUGUCCACACUGCUCAUAAACAUAAUCCCAGAGGAGUACAUCCCACUGAACUUAUCAGGAAAGGCAAAGAUCAGUGGGAAAGCCUGGGUGAAGGAGUCUCCUCGGCCCGUUCCCGGCUUCAACCCCGACUCCAUGUGCGAGUCCCAGGUGAUCAUCAGGGAAGGAGAGCUGCUCUGCGGGGUGCUGGACAAAGCGCACUAUGGGAGCUCCACCUAUGGCCUGGUACACUGCUGCUACGAGAUCUACGGUGGGGAGACCAGUGGCAAGGUUCUCACCUGCCUGGCCCGCCUCUUCACAGCCUACCUGCAGCUCUACAGAGGGUUCACCUUGGGUGUAGAAGACAUUUUGGUUAAGCCAAAGGCGGAUGUCAGGAGACACAGGAUUAUUGAUGAGUCCACCCACUGCGGGCCCCGGGCUGUCAGGGCUGCGCUGAACCUGCCAGAAACCGCGUCAUGUGAUGAGGUCCGAGGGAGAUGGCAGGAUGCCCAUCUGGGCCAAGACCAGAGGGAUUUUAACAUGAUAGAUCUGAAGUUCAAGGAGGAGGUGAACCAUUACAGUAAUGAGAUUAACAAGGCAUGCAUGCCUUUUGGCCUGCACAGGCAGUUCCCAGAGAACAACCUGCAGAUGAUGGUGCAGUCUGGAGCCAAAGGUUCAACUGUGAACACCAUGCAGAUCUCGUGUCUGCUGGGCCAGAUUGAAUUGGAAGGUCGGCGACCCCCACUGAUGGCAUCUGGCAAGUCACUGCCCUGCUUUGAGCCCUACGAAUUCACCCCCAGGGCUGGUGGCUUUGUCACUGGCAGGUUCCUCACUGGCAUCAAGCCUCCUGAGUUCUUCUUUCACUGCAUGGCGGGGCGAGAGGGUCUGGUGGACACCGCUGUGAAGACCAGCCGCUCUGGCUACCUCCAAAGGUGCAUCAUCAAGCAUCUGGAGGGUCUUGUGGUCCAGUAUGACCUGACGGUCCGCGACAGUGAUGGCAGUGUUGUGCAGUUCCUGUAUGGGGAGGAUGGCCUGGACAUCCCCAAGACGCAGUUCCUACAGCCCAAGCAGUUCCCCUUCCUUGCCAGCAACUAUGAGGUUAUAAUGAAAUCGAAGCAUCUCCAGGAAGUUUUAUCCAGGGCAGAUCCCCAGAAAGCUCUCCGCCACUUCAGAGCCAUCAAAAAAUGGCAGAGCAAGCAUUCCAACACCCUGCAGAGAAGAGGUGCCUUCUUGAGCUAUUGCCAGAAAGUUCAGGCAGCUGUGAGAGCCUCAGACCUCCAGGGUGAGAAUCAGCAUGGACGCAGCCCUGGGACUCAGCAGAUGCUGAGGAUGUGGGGCGAGUUAGAUGAGCAGAGCCGAAGGAAAUACCAGAAGAGGGCAGUUCCUUGUCCUGACCCCACCCUGUCCGUCUGGCGCCCAGACAUCUACUUUGCCUCGGUGUCAGAAACCUUUGAAAAAAAGAUGGAUGACUACAGUUGCGAGUGGGCAUCUAAAGCAGAGAAGAGUUAUGAGAAAUCAGAGCUUUCUCUCGACAGGUUGAGGACCCUGCUGCAGCUGAAAUGGCAGCGCUCUCUGUGUGACCCAGGCGAGGCGGUGGGCCUACUGGCCGCCCAGAGCAUCGGGGAGCCCUCCACACAGAUGACCCUGAACACCUUCCACUUUGCCGGCAGAGGCGAGAUGAACGUCACCCUGGGCAUUCCAAGGUUGAGGGAGAUUCUCAUGGUGGCCAGUGCCAACAUCAAGACACCCAUGAUGAGUGUGCCCGUGCUCAACACCAGAAAAGCACUGAAGAGAGUGAAAAGCCUGAAGAGGCAGCUCACCAGGGUGUGCCUGGGAGAGGUGUUGCAGAAAAUUGAUGUCCAGGAGUCCUUCUGGAUGGGAGAAAAACAGAACAAGUUCCGGGUGUACGAGCUGCGGUUUCAGUUCCUGCCGCAUGCGUAUUACCAGCAGGAGAAGUGCCUGAGACCUGCGGACAUUCUGCACUUCAUGGAAACAAGAUUCUUUAAAAUUCUGAUGGAAUCUAUCAGAAAGAAGAAUAACAAAGCGUCAGCUUUCAGAAGUGUGAACACUCGAAGAGCUACCCAGCGGGAUCUUGACAAUGCUGGGGAGUCAGAGAGGAAUCGGGGAGAGCAGGAAGGUACUGAGGAAGAGGAAGAGCACAUUGUGGAUGCCGAAGCCGAGGAGGGAGAUGCUGAUGCCUCUGACGUCAAACGCCGGGAGAAGCAAGAGGAGGAGGUCGACUAUGAGAGCGAGGAAGAGGAGCAGAGGGAGGGGGAGGAGAAUGGCGACGAGGAUGUGCCAGAGGAAGGAAAUGUCCUUGGGGAAGGUGCCAACAGCCCCCAGGAGCCGGAUGAAGAGGCGGGCUCAGGCCUCGAGGAGAGCGUGCCCCCUGCCCCACCCUUGAGACAGCCCCGGAAAUCCACCUGCAGCCAGGAGCCCCAGGGAGCUGAGGCCAUGGAGCGCCGGGCUCAGGCUGUCCGUGAGUCUCACCCGUUCAUAGAGGACUACCAGUAUGACACCGAGGAGAGCCUUUGGUGCCAGGUGACAGUGAAACUCCCGCUGAUGAAGAUUAGCUUUGACAUGAGCUCCCUGGUACUGUCCUUGGCCCACAGUGCUGUCAUCUAUGCGACCAAGGGCAUCACAAGGUGUCUCCUGAAUGAAACCACCAGUGACAAGAACGAGAAGGAGCUUGUCUUAAACACAGAAGGGAUCAACCUUCCAGAGCUGUUCAAGUACUCUGAGGUUCUGGAUCUGCGCCGCCUCUAUUCCAACGACAUUCACGCAAUGGCCAACACUUACGGCAUCGAGGCCGCGCUGCGGGUGAUUGAGAAGGAAAUCAAGGACGUGUUUGCCGUGUAUGGCAUUGCAGUCGAUCCCCGCCAUCUCUCCCUGGUUGCUGACUAUAUGUGCUUUGAGGGCGUUUACAAGCCACUGAACCGCUUUGGGAUCCAGUCAAACUCGUCCCCUCUGCAGCAGAUGACAUUUGAAACCAGCUUCCAGUUCCUGAAGCAGGCAACCAUGAUGGGAUCCCACGAUGAGCUGAGGUCCCCUUCUGCCUGCCUCGUGGUUGGGAAGGUGGUCAAGGGCGGGACAGGCCUGUUCGAGCUCAAGCAGCCCCUGAGAUAGCAGCCACCACAGCGCCGUUUGCCUGGCCUGGAAGAUGACCCAGAGGACCCAGGUGAGGGCCUGGUCCAGCCUGACUUGCUCUUCAAUGAGAGGACCAGGAGCCCAGAACCCUGGCGGUUCAGUGGCAGUGCAGAGCACAGCAGCAACAUUGGGUUCCAGAGAGCAGCUGGCCUUCGGGCUGGACCGCCUUCCUCAGGAAAGCGAUAGCAUUGGUCAUCUUUGCCCCUCCUCAUCUCAGGAUAUAAACAAGUUCACCAAAUCCCCCGAGUAACCUCCAGCAUGGAGGGCCUCCCCCUGUGCAGCAGGAAUCUUCAGUGGGGGAGAUCCCUGCCCAGGUAGGAAAGGGAGGGUCUGUUGCUGUGAGCAGCCAGUGACUACAGCAGGAUCCCUGAGCUCUUAAGCAGGAACCUGCUGCCCACAGCCUGCUCCUGGCUGCACUGGCCCAGGGGACAGAGUUCCCAAAGACUACUCAAGGCUUUUCCCUGGACCAAGGACAGUUUGGCACAGACCUCUACCCACCCAGCUUUUGUGCCUGGGGCAGUGCCCUGGCCUUGCUUGAAUGUGGCCGCAUGUCCUUCUAGACCAGAUUAGCCCUGAGUCUGGGGUUGGUCUCUCUAGGGCCCUAGUAGCUCACCCCUACACAUAACACCCUGAGUCGCCAGCCAGGCUGCACUCCUGGAACGAAUUGCCCUCUUUCCCUGGCUUUGCUCUGAGUGCAGUGUUGAGGCCCAGGUCCCUUUGUGCAGACUGCUCUGUCUGGCCUCCCUUGGUCUCUGGCACCACAGCAAGGGGCCCUGACAUGAACUGAAAAGUCAGAGGACUGCACAAAAUCUUUGUAAAACCAGAGGCUGUUCUAUUUUUGUCUAAUGUUACUCCAGCUCAGGCUGAGUAAUAAACUGGAACUAGCUAUUGAGAGGGGAAAAAAUUUUAA